CGGCGCAAUAUUGCCACCAGCGUGCAAAGAGAGCCCUAUAAUGCGCUAGAGGAGAGAGGCGUCAGCUGUGCCAGCUUCUCGUCGCAAAAUUCUCGCUCCCUGGUAGCAUCACUGAUCACAGCAAGCUGUACAGCCUCGACACUGCAGUCUAGCUGUGCAGUGAUCAAAUAACGAUGACGAGAUAACACACGGGAAAAAAACGAUGGACGCCAGCGCGUCGUCGUCAUCGUCGUCCGACGACGACAAGCGCCGGAAGAAAGAGAAGAAGAAGCGCAAGCGCGAACGGAAGGCGCGCAAAAAGGAAAAGAAGCAGCGCAAGCGCGCGAAAAAGGCCGCGAGGCGCCGGGAAGAAGCCUCGUCCGACGACGACGACGACGAGUACGAGGGCUGGGCCGCCGUCGACGCCGCGCAGCGAAGCCGCGCCAACGACGCCGACGCCGCGUGGCGCGACAAGCUCUUCGGGGCCUGCGCGGAGGACGGCGACGCCGAAGACCCCUUCGGGAGCGGCUGGGGCGACGCCGAAGAUAACGGAGGCGACUGGUUCGAGCACGUGUCGCGGCAACGUUCAAGAGCGAGAGACCGCGAGGCCGCCGAGCGAGCUCGAGCCGCGCAAGCGGCCGCGGACGAGGAGCGGCGCCGGCGGCCGCCGCCGCUGCCGCCGACGCCGCCCCGGGAGGCGCGGCCGCCGACCCCGCCCCCAGCGCCACCACAGGUCGAGAGCCUCUACGAGGUCCUCGGCGUUGAAAGGAAUGCGUCGGAUCGGGACCUCCGGACGGCGUACCGGCGCCUCGCGCUGGAGCACCACCCGGACCAGGGCGGCGACGAGGCGACGAUGGCGCGCCUGAAUCACGCGCGCGACGUGCUCUGCGACCCGGUUUCGAGAAGGAACCAUGACCGGGAGUUGGAUGGGGUGUAA